AAUCUACCCAACUGGCAUACGCCUCCUUCCCCCCGACGCACGGCGGCGAUUGGCUGCCGCUACGCGUUCCUUCUUUCCUCGGACGAAAGUCCGCGAUUGGCUGCCGGCACGCGUUGAUCUGUCGACCCGUUGUUGUUUCUAGAGACAGAAGGUUUGAAUAAUGGAGAAGGAUUCAAGCUUUCCAGGAGGAUACGAGACGAAUCUACUAGAGCAAUUCGAAGUUAUUUUGGAAGAAGAUAAGCUUAUUGACGAAAUAGGCUUUUUGCACCCAUCCCAGUUUGCAUCUCUUGAUGAGGAUUCAAGCAGUUCCUCUCCCACACUCGCAACUUCAGUUCGGUUAGCUGAUGGUAACAUUGAGACGAGUAUUACAGAGUCAAAUACAGUCCAAUAUGACAAGACAACCUUUUGGAAUAGAGAUCAUAAGUUGGCAAUCUCCACACAUGUGCUCUGUCAUUUAUGUGUUGCUGCUCGGCAUGUGUAUAUGGAUGUAUCCAGAAGAUAUAAAGCCUCUAUCAACUUAUCUCUGAACAGCGGUGCUUUCUGUAGUGUAACUUCUGGAGCAAACUUAGAUCAUCUUCUGGAAAAUGAGAUACUAAAACACACUAAGGCCUUAUUGAUUUUAAGUUUCAACUUUGCCAGUGCUUGGAAUUGCAGGAGAUUAGUGCUUUCUAGGAAACUUGAGAUUUCACUAUUUUUGGAGGAGCUCCGAUUCUCCACACUUAUUCUUGCAUAUGCGCCAAAAUGUGAUUAUGCCUGGAGUCAAAGGAGAUGGGUUAUUAAGAUACUGGGAGAGAAGUGUCAGAACUUACAAGAUAUUAUUAGGGAGGAAUCUGAUCUUGUGGAGAAAAUAGCAGAGAAAUCAAAGAUGAAUUAUCGUGCAUGGACCCACCGUUGUUGGCUUAUAUCUUACAUGAAAAGAGUUCAGGUGCUUGGUGAGUUGGACAAAUCAAAAAAAUGGGCAGAGCUGCAUGUUGCUGAUAAUUGCUGUUUCAACUAUCGUAGACAAUUGAUGCUUAACUUGCUAGAGGGCAAUCAUUUGAAACAUGGUGAAGCUUCCACCGAUUGCAAGUUUGAUGUUUGUUUUAUUUGGAAGGAAGAGCUCCAAUGGAAUGAGUUGCUCUUAACUCGCUAUAUUGGAAGAGAGGCCUUAUGGAUCCAUCGCCGGUUCCUCUCUCAAUGUUGGAUAAAACACUUCACGACCAACGAAGGAGCAGUCAUCCUGGAUCCUGAUGACAAUCUUAUUAGCUCCAAAAUCAAAAAAUUUCUUGCUAAAGAGUUACAGCUUGUAAAGUCCUGCCUGAACAUCUCGCCUGAUGAAUUCGAUGAUACACAAGAUCAAGCACGAUAUAGCGCUGCAUAUUUACUGUGGAUUUUGAAGUUCUUCCUGCCUCAACAAUCCAAGCAUGAAGAGAUCAUCAAGGGAGUCAAAGAUCUGAAACCCAUUCUGCUGAAGACUUGCUCAGGAAAAAAUACAUGUUGGGAAAGUCUACUAAAUUGACUGCCUACCACAGGAAAACUGUUUAAGGUGUUAUCUUCAGCUAUUAAUCUCUAAUUUUAUGAUACUGCUCCCUUUAAAAAAGUCAAUGAUAUCUGCAAACUGAUGUGUCAUUGUUAGUUUGGUUGACUAUUAUCUCUAAGUCAACCCUAAUUGUAUCAUAAAUAUUGUAGUAAGUACAGUAUUACUAUUUUCCCAU